AUGCCAACGGUGCAUCAAGUAGUGGAGGAGCCUCUCGCGCCCGAUCUCGAUCCCCAGGCGACCCAUCCUAUCAUCUCGACGGACACUACCGCGGCAGCAGUUCUCAUCGGUCGCCACCCCACAUGCCCUCGUCCUACUACUCUUCAAGAGAGCAUCACCCUUAUUACCGAAACGAGAGAGACUAUUAUUCCAGAGGAGGCAGCAAUGAGCCCUACCACCCCUAUCGCCCUUCGCCACCGCCACCAAGGUCUAGACACGGAAGCUCAAACUCACCCGGACAUAUGGGUCAUGGUGUUCCACCCAGUCGACACCCUUCUUUGCACUAUGGUUCUUCGUCCAUCGGGUCGGCCGUCAUCGGCCUCUAGAGUUGCAUCCCCAUCUCUGGACUCUUCAAGGAAGGACGGACCUGCGGCGCAGUCAUCGGAUCGGCCCGCCGUGGCUCCCAGGACCUUUUCACCAGGUCCAGAACCAGGACAGAUCCCAGAGUAUGAAAUCGACCACCGUGAGCGGGAUCGGGACCGUGACAGGGAGAGGGAGAGAGAACGGGAGCGGGAGCGGGAAAGAGAUCGAGACAGGGAACGUGACAGAGACCGAGAACGGGAACGUGAACAACGCGAACGGGACAGGGAACGCGAACGCGAGCGUGAGCGUGAACGUGAGCGAGAGAGAGAAAUCCGAGAGCGCGAAAGGGAGCGAGACAGAGACCGUGAGAGAGAGAGGGAACGGGAACGCGAGUCAUCUGGCAUGAGUAGAAGCGGAAGUGGCGUCCCUGGAGGACCAUACCAGAGCCGACACUCUGCUGGACCGCCCAUUCCCAUGGCUCCAGCAUCGUCCCUUCCAGUACCUCAUCCCUCCGCCAACCUGCCCAGUGGACCUGCGAACCACAGCUAUAGCUCGGGUCCCUACAAGUCAGCGUCGAGCACUCCCCAUCAGGCCCCAUCUUCAUCGUACAGCAACAAUAACAAUAACAACAGCAACAACAACAACAAUAACAACAACAACAGCAACAACAGCAACAACAACAACAGCAGUAAUAACAGCAAUAACAACCAAAACAACAACCAGAACGGUCCUGUCAACUCUGGUCCCGGCCCCACUGGACUCCCAACACAACCAACUGCACAUCAGCUCCUUCAACAGCAACAGCAGCAGAUCAUGAGUGCAGUGGUCGAUGUUACCAAGCUUUCAUGGGCGCCAGAAAUCGAGCUGGAGGUGCAGAGGUAUCGGGAAGAGGCUAAAAAGCUGCGACAGGACGAGGAUCGUCUGAUGGAGGCUCGUCGCAAGAGCCGUUUUGAGUUAGAGAGAGCCAGCUGGGAUGUUGAGCGCCAAGACCAUCUUGUGGGUCUUGUACUAGGACAGCUGGAGGAAUUGGAUAGAGAGGUGGAGAUGACGGAUCAUUUGGGCGGAGAUCAUACAGAGUCGUCGUCGUUGUUGACACUUUCGACCACAAAGUUUGCUGGACAUCACCAUCACCAUGAACGACAUGAGCGACAGGAGCGUCAUGAGCGUCAUCACCGGAGCAAUGGCAGCAAAUCGAGCAGUAGUCGGUCCAACACUACUCGGGAAGUCAGUCAUCAUCCUCGGAGCAGUCUUUCUGGAGGAGAUCUGUCGACGACAACAACUGUCACUUCGUCUACGAUGGUUUCUUCAGUUGUGACACGAUCGCCUUCGAGAGCGUCGGGUUCACCUUUGAAUGCUCAGGAGAUGAAUGUUGUCAGGACUUCAACAACGACUACAACUUCUAGCACUCCUCAAUAA